AUGCCGUUCAGCUGGGCAGCCGUCUUCUCUCUUCUAGCCACACUCAGUUUGGUUGAAGCCCAACGCCGCGUUAUUCCUAUGGAACGGCCGCCAGAUCUGCUACUCGAGCCAAAUCCGUUUUCCCCGAAUAUCCGUGGAUCAACCGAAUGGCCUCUUUUGGCCAAUGCUUUAUUACCCACACAGAAGCCCCCGUCGUCACCCGCAUGGAACCCCGAUCUCCCGCCAUUUUUGCGAGGUCUCGAACAAAAUAUGGGAGAGCAGCGCGAGCCAACAACUUCUUCUCAACCUCCGUCUGGCGCUGCCUCAACCUCCAGUUUCUAUCGCCAUUCACCUAUGCUUUCCUCAGCGCGACUUCUUCCCACCACUCCUCCUCCUCCAUUUCUGCUUCUUUCACCACCCCCUUCCCAACCACUGAUACCUCCAUACACUCAACCGCUGCCGUUUACUAUGGCACCGAACCCAAGCACCAAAUCCACCACGAUCAAACCCAUCGUUAUUGAUCCAGAAGCGAUUAUGACUGUACCCGAAAUUAUCCGCCAUUGGGGUUAUCCAGUGGAAGAGCAUCAGGUAGUAACAUCCGAUGGUUAUGUUCUGACGUUGCAUCGUAUUCCACAUGGCAAG